CGGGAAACCUCACUAGGGGGCUACUCAAAAAACGACAGCCCCCUAUAAGAACUCGGCUUCUUUACCCAAGCCCUUUAUUUGAACGUGGUUUGGCCGAAGUAAACGUUUGCUGUAAGAAAUUUGCGACGGUAUCGCGAUCGUAACUUGUGAAAAGUUUUCAAUCGCCUGUAAGGGUCACUUGGGGCGGCGACGGCCUUGUUAAUCAGUAUCUUUGUAUUGGAGCUGUCAACUCUCUGAUUGAUAAGUGAAUUGAGUCAUUUGGUUUUCAUUCCCAUCAAGCAAAUUGGCCUGGACUGGAUCGAGCGAUCGACUCGCGAGGAAGGACAGAAUUGUGACAGUGUUACAUGGUCUACAUGCAGUUAUGUGCGACAGUUCAGACGGCAGCCUAACAGGGACAUGAGUUUUCGAUUUCAACGACGAAAAACUGACUUGUGCCGCGUGUUGCUCACGACUUGUUUAUUUCCGCUUCUACGUGAGUAGACUCUUCAAUCGAACGCUCGGAUCGCGCGUUCGUUACUAUUCGAUACGAUUCACCGAGUAAUCCUUAUGUUGUGAUGGCUUUAAAUGUAAAUAUACUCACAUUACUCGUUCUCUCAUUUGUGCUCGUAGUGCUGGUUGUCACAGCAGAGACACAAAAGUGUACGCAAAUUAUCAACGACCGCUGCACUAUGCCGUACAUUAGGACUAUAGAUGCGGUCGAUCCUGAGAACAACCAAGAAAUCUGCACCGCUUUGGCUGUUUAUUUACGCUGCGUAGAGGACGUAAAAAAGACAGUCAAAAGUUGUCGCUCAGAUCUUCAAUUUCUUACAAUAUCGACUUUGAUACCGAUGAAAAUGAAAGCCCGAAAUUGUGGGAAUAUUUCGCUUCCUACAAACGAAACAGCUCUGAUCGGUACAAAGUCUCCAACUAAGCCAACCACGAAACGACCUGGUUGUUUGAACUUUACAUCUGAGGACCUCAAACCUUCUAAAGAACAAAUUAGGCUAAACCCACACCAUUUUCGAUUGUGUGCAUUAUUCGGGGACCCACAUUUAAAAACAUUUACGGAGGAACGUCAAACUUGCGUCGUUCAGGGAGCGUGGCCGCUUAUUGACAAUAAUUAUUUCUCUGUGCAAGUUACCAACGUGCCGCUGGUAGCGGGUUCAAGCGCUACAGCCACGAACACCGUAAGUACUGGUAAAUUAUUUUGAAUUUGCGCACUUCUCUACACGGAACGUGUCCAAACAACACAGGCUUUUGAAUUAUGCAUACACGUCCUACAGCUUACGGCUUCCUUACACUAUUCAAAUAUGGUCUCCAACUGCUUGACAGAAACACGGCAUGUCUUCAGCGCUGUGCCGCUUGUCAAUUUCACAAGCUUGUGUGUGUUUCCCAAUGGGUUUGCUAAACGGCUGCGGUGUCAGUUUAGUGCCCAACCACUGCAUUCAUUAACCGUUUACUGUUCUAAUCGUUCGUUGCACUGACCGAUCUCGUUCGCUUUUGUGAUGAAACUAAUCACAUAUCAUCAUGCAAUUUGUUUCUGAAAUAAAGCAAUCCAUCAUCACAGCUCGCACAAGAGGCUGCCAAAAUUGAUGGAUCGCGAUUUGGUGACUGUGUAUGUUAAUCGCUGCACUCAUAUUUUCUCUUUUAGAUCACAGUGCUGAUAAAAGCGAAUGGAAACGGCUGCGUAGAUCAGAAAAUUUAUCGAGCCGAAGCGGGUUCGCUUCCCGCUGAGUUCCAUGAUGGAACACAACGGACUGGACCUGCAGACUGCUCCGCUGAAAUCUUCCAGAGGAAAAAGGGACGUCGAUUUCAUAUCGAGAUAAAAAUCUGUUACAUCAGCACCACGAUCAUUAUCCGACAGGUCGGAGAUUUUCUGACAUUUCACGUUAAAAUUCCCGAGCAGCUUCUGUCUUCUGUCCCGUCUACGGGACUCUGUGUAACGGGAUGUCCUUCUCGCCAAAGAAUUGACUACCGAGAGCUAUUAUCAUUUACGGACAAUCAACUCGCGAAAAUGCGUCCACGGAGGAGCAAAAUGUCUCGCGCAGAGGCCUAUGCUAACUGCACUGAAACGAAAAUCACGGGUUUCUAUCUGGAUUCAUGUUUAUUUGAUCUUUUGACAACGGGAAACGUGAAUUUUACAGCCGCUGCGUGGCACGCUUUAGACGAUUCAUUCCUGCUGGAUGAAAUUGGAACAUUGAGAGACCUACAGUCGUACAAUAUGACGGAACCACGGACAGACAAGCCAACAUGGCCAGUUAAAAUACCAGUUUCAAGUUCACAGACACUGUCUCAUUCAUUCGCCAUUCUCACGGUUCUACUGUUUUCCUUGUUCAUUUUGGCAAGAUAACUAGAGCCGAAAUGCGCAUAAUGGCAGUUUCAAAGUACAGUAAUUUAUGAUCUGUAUCGGCGAUUCUUAUCUGUGGCCUGUCAAGAAAUUCCACUUGAAGUGAGAUUAUUUUCAAUCUUUCAAAAUCUACUUGUAGUUUU